UAGACAGUUUCGAUAAUAGACUCACGUUCACCAUUUACCUACAUUUUUAUUUAUAUAUUUUAUCUGUGCAUGAGUAGACGAUUAAGAUGUUUCUUUAUGAAGUAUCGGCAGUAGGUAAUGCAUGGAUCUUCACACUAGUAAAAUUAUGUAUACUUGACAUAUCGAAAACAAUGUAUAUGAGAUUAAACGUAUCAGCAAAAAUAUCAGUAUUUAACAAGUUAAAGUCAAUGAAAGAAAAUAUGUCAUCAAAGUUGAAUGCUGGAUUACCAGAUGUUCCCCUACCACUUGCUUUACUAAUGAUUAUUUUACUAUCAAUGUGCUUUGCCAACAGUUACAAUGGAGAAUUUGUAUUUGAUGAUUCUGAAGCUAUCGUAAAUAAUGAAGAUGUACAAAAUACUCCUCUGUGGGACAUAUUCAAAAAUGAUUUUUGGGGAACUAAGUUGACCAAUAAACAAAGUCAUAAAUCCUAUCGACCACUUACAAUACUGACCUUUCGAUUACACUUUUGGCUUCGCAAAGAUCUGGUAGCUCAAGAUUAUCAUAUAAUAAAUAUUAUAUUACACACAUUUGUUUGUAUAUUGACAUUGGCAGUAUUUAACAUACUUUUGGGUAGAAAACAAAACAAUAUUGCAUUUUUUGCUACAGCAUUGUUUGCAGUUCAUCCAAUACAUACAGAAGCUGUCUCUGGUAUUGUGGGUAGAGCAGAAUUAUUGUGUGCAUUAUUUAUGUGGAUAUCCAUCCUAUGUUACCAUUAUUCAAUUUAUGCAAAAAAGUUAAUACAUAGGUGGUUUAGUAUGUGUGGCUGUAUUACAUUUAUUGCGAUUGCUAUGCUGUGUAAAGAAACUGGAAUUACUGUAAUGGGCAUUUGUUGCAUAUAUGAUCUUAUAAUUGUGAACAGAAUACUUCCAAGCGAUUUAGUUGUAUUUAAGAUGAAACAAUCUUCUUAUGAGGAAAUAAAACAUAUAAUUCAGAGGAAACAAAAAUUGUUAAUUAGACUAUUUACAUUGGUUGCAUCUAGUUUAAUACUUAUUUUUUCAAGAUUUUGUAUUAUGGGAUUCAGAGCUCCUACUUUCCAGCCAGUAGAUAAUCCAGCAUCAUUCAUGAAUAAUAUAUUUUUACGAAUGUUAAAUUAUAGUUAUAUUUAUUGUUUGAAUGCGUGGUUAUUAAUUUGUCCACAAUGGUUAUGUUUUGACUGGUCAAUGGGCUGUAUACCUUUAAUUACCAUUUAUGAUAAAAGAAUAAUUUUUGUUCUUUUAUUCUGGUUAAUACUUGGAACAAUGUUUAUGUAUACUUUCACUUCCUGUGAAAAUGAAUAUCUAAGAUAUUCAAUAAUAGGACUGACAAUGCUUAUUAUUCCAUUUCUGCCAGCUAGUAACAUCUUUUUUAAUGUUGGUUUUGUUUUAGCAGAGAGAACAUUAUACAUUCCCUCUGCUGGUUAUUGUCUUUUAAUUGUUAUAGGAUUACAAAAGCUUUGUAAUCGAGUUCCUGUACAAUGUUUACUGUUUUUAUAUACAAUUUUAAUGGUAUUAUUUUUUACAAAGUCAUGGAUAAGAAGUGAACAAUGGAAGACUGAAACUACACUAUUUAGAUCAGCAUUACAUGUUUGUCCUUUAAAUGCAAAAGUUCAUUAUAAUAUCGCAAAAAAUGCAGCUGACAUAGGAAAUUCGACACUAGCCCAAUAUGAAUAUCGAGAAGCUUUAAGAUUAAAUCCCACAUAUGCUCAAGCUAUGAACAAUCUUGGUAAUUUACUUAAAGAUCAAGGAAAAUAUGAAGAAGCAGAAAUUUUGUUCAAACGCGCUAUCGAGUUGCAGGAGGAUUUUGCUACAGCAUGGAUGAAUUUAGGUAUUGUCUUAUCAGCGCUUAAAAAGUAUAAGGAAUCCGAAAACAGUUAUCUAACUGCUCUUUCUCACAGAAGUAAAUACCCUGAUUGCUUCUACAAUUUAGGCGUGUUGUAUCUAGAACAAAAAAGUUAUAACAAAGCAUUGAAAGCUUGGGAAUCUGCUACUAGACAAAGAAAAACACAUAGGAGAGCAUGGACAAAUAUGAUACUACUUCUUGAUGAUUUAGGAAUGCGUGAGGAAGCACUAAAAGUAGCACAUCAAGCUUUACGUUUUCUGCCAGAUGAUGCUUCGAUUCAUUUUAACAUUGCAAACAUAUUGGGUAAAGCUGGAAAUUUUGUAGAAGCAGAAGUGCAUUUUAAAAAUGCGAUAUCGAAAAAUCCUACUGAUGCUAUGUUUUAUACGAAUUUAGGCGUAUUAUAUCACAGAUGGAACAGAUUUCGUGAAGCAGAAUACAUGUACAAACAAGCAUUAGAAAUUAAACCGGAAUUAAAUAGUGCAAGGAAUAAUUUAAGAAAAUUGUAUUCUUUAAAAACAGCAAUAAAAUAAUUUAUU